AAAUCCUUUGGUCACUUUGGUGUUUGUAAACAUAGACACGUUGGAAAUCUUCCACACUAUUAUGUGAAUAUUUUUCCUGCAGUAGAGGCAAGUUAAGGCUUCUGAUAAUGGAGGUGGACGACCUUCACUCUCAAGAGCCAGAGAUCGAGAUGGAAGGUAGCAAGCGGGAAGGCACCAAGCGAGGCAGGAAGCCAGGACGAAAAGCCAAAUCUGAUAUGAAGGCCAAACUUGAACGCAGCCGGCAGAGUGCAAGAGAAUGCCGUGCUCGUAAAAAGUUGCGUUAUCAGUAUUUGGAGGAGCUGGUAGCUAAUAGAGAGAAAGCCGUUUUUGCAUUACAUCGUGAAUUGGACCAGUAUCGUCAGUGGGCAAAAGAUAUUGACGAAGGAAAAAUUCCUGAAGGCUUGUUGAAACUGAUUGAAGAAGAAAAGAUUAAGAAGUCUGAAAAUGAAUGAAUACAGAUCUAAGAUAAGAAAUUAGUAUACUGUAUUGUAUCUGGAGAUGUAGAGCAAAGAGAAUUUGAGAAUUUUAAAGUUGCCAUAAACUGUGGAGGGGCAAGAGUUUAUUGAGAAUAUAAUGUGCUAUUUUCUAGACAAGUGGCUUACCGAUUUGUAUUCAGCAUUUAUCAGUAAGACGAAAUUGGGUCAUUGAAAGAAUUCAAAUUUCUUGUAUCCCAACAUUGUUGCCUUCCUAGCUUGCUGCCGUCAGAUGGUCUCGAUGCUGACUCGUUACUUUUUAUUUGGUGAUAAAUUUCAUUCAUAUCAUAACAAUCAUGUGUUCAUUUAUUCCAUUACUUCAUUGUUUUCUCUAGUAUCAUAACUCAUUAUAUUUCCUUAGGAUUGGUUUGUUGGUGACCAAUCAGAAAAAUCAUUUUAAAUUGCAAUUAUUUCAUAUUAUAAAAAUAUUUAUGUAUUAAUAAAAGUGAAAACAAGA